UCAGGUUCUGCUUCGGGGCGCUUUUUACUUGGAGAAAAAAUGCUGCAAAUUCUGUUUAUCAACGUGUAAUUUGAGUGAAAAGUGAUGCAACAAUGCCUUGCGCGUGUUCUCUGUUAUGUACAAUGACAGCUGGGCUGUUUUUCACAGCAGUUGCCGGAAUUUUUAUCCUGCUGCUCCUCAGAGUACUCUUCAGCGGCAAGAGGACUCGCAGGGUAAAGGAGCAUCCGGAUGCCACGUAUAUUGGCCUGUUCCAUCCGUACUGCAAUGCAGGCGGCGGCGGUGAGAGAGUGCUUUGGUGCGCCGUUCGGUGUCUUCUGAAGAAGUAUCCCAGUGCGAAGAUUAUCAUCUACACAGGCGACGUGGGAGUGACGCCCAGAGAUAUUCUGAAGAAGGCCAAGAACACCUUCAACGUGAGCAUCCAGGAAAAGGAUGUGCAGUUCGUUUAUCUGCACCGCAGGAAGUGGGUGGAGGCGGUCAAGUAUCCCUACUUUACUCUUCUGGGCCAGAGUCUGGGUUCGGUGUGGUUGGGCUUGGAGGCGGCCUGGAAAUUCCCGCCGGACGUCUUCAUCGACACAAUGGGCUAUGCUUUCACCUUCCCGAUCUUCCGCUUCCUGGUCGGCGCUAGAGUGUCCGGAUACGUUCACUAUCCCACCAUCAGCAGCGACAUGCUGAGGAGAGUUCAGGCGAGGACUCUGUCGCACAACAACAAGAAUUACGUAGCCAGAAAUCCCUUCCUGACUUGGAUCAAGCUCUUCUACUACCGCAUGUUCGCCAAGUUGUACGGCCUCGUGGGACGCUGUGCUGACAUCGUGAUGGUGAACUCGUCCUGGACAGAAGGUCACAUCAACUCCCUGUGGCAGAUUCCACUGACGACUCAUCGUGUUUAUCCGCCAUGCGAAGUGAGCGAUCUCAAGAAGCUGCAAUUCCUUGGGAAUGACGCUGAGAGGAUCGUGAUAAUGUCCGUGGGACAGUUUCGCCCUGAGAAAGAUCAUCCGCUGCAAUUGCAGGCGAUGUACGAACUUCGCUCGCUGCUGGUGAACGAUGAGCCUCUGUGGAAUCGCCUGAGACUCGUGAUUGUGGGCUCAUGUCGCCACGAGGAGGACGUGGAGCGGAUGAAGAACAUGAAGGAUCUGAGCAAGCAUCUGUCGCUGGAGAACAGCGUGGAGUUUCGGGUGAAUGUGACGUACCAGGAGCUGCUGCAGUGCUACCAAACGGCGAGGAUGGGCUUGCACACGAUGUGGAAUGAGCACUUUGGCAUCUCCGUGGUGGAGUGCAUGGCGGCUGGUCUGAUAAUGGUAGCAAACAGAUCCGGUGGACCGCUGAUGGACAUCGUGGAGACGUCGCCAGCCAGUCAGACGGGAUUUCUGGCUGUGGACGCGGUGGAGUAUGCACAGUGCAUUGCGACGAUCUUGUACAACGAGCCAGAAGACAAUGAUACAAUCAGGACGGCGGCAAGGGCGUCGGUGGAUCGCUUCUCAGAGUCGGAGUUUGAGAGUGCAUUUUUACGAGUGAUUGCACCCCUCAUUGAGUUGGAGACGCCAUCGAAACAUGAAUGAGAUGGAAAUUCAUAACAGCACACACACAACAGAGAGAGGGGAUGCUAUACAAGGUCUUCUUCAGUUCCUCACAUGCGAUUUCCUUCUCACACUCGCACGUUUCGGCUCUUGGCGCUGCAUCGCGGCGAAUCUUGCUGCACGUCUCCCACCCACAAUCGACGUUCCGGAGGCGAAUGCCGAGUUGGGUGGAUCCCCGAGCGCUCGAAAUUCAAUUUUUCCCGGGGCUGUGUGCAAUAAAAAUGUGAGUUCAAUUGGAAAUAACAAUAAGCAUAUCGCACAGUGGCGGAGAUGGAGGGAGGGUGAGCAGGAAAUGAAGAAUUUUCGAGGGGUAUGAAAGAAAUGUUCGGGAAUUGUAAUUGGAAAAGAGUGAUUUCAAUUUGAGAUUGGAUAAUAACUGAAAAAAGGGACUAGAAAUGCAGUGGAGAAGUUGGAAGAUUAUCGGUUUUAUAGAGGAGAGACUGAAGAAGUGACUUUCAACCAAAUGGAUUAAAUAAUAAGUAAGUUAGUUUGUGGUUAAGCUCAAGGAUAUGUGUUUAUGACUUUUAAUUAGAUGCACAAUAAAGUUCGCUGCAUGACAUAAUGUUGGUUGUCUUUUGAGACUGAUGAGAAGUGGUUUAGAAGAGAAUUUCUUCAGGUAUUAUCCUUGG